GAUACUGCGUUAUUUUGUCGCAGACAAAUUAUACACCAUGUUCACACUCGCUUGAACGUGUCGGUGUCGUAUCAGUCAAUCGGUAAUGGGAAAGGGGAUGGAUGUCGGAGGUCAUUAUCUCAAAUUGUAUUUUUGUUGUAUAAAUCAAGCACAGUCGGACGAUGGACAGGGAGACGAUGGACAGGGAGGCGAUGGACAGGGAGACGAUGGACAGGGAGGCGAUGGACAGGGAGACGAUGCUUAAUGAAUACUUUGUUAAAACAGAAAGCCGAGAUAAAAAGACAAACUUCUACGACUCGUGGAGCAAGCAGUAUGAACAGGACAUGCAAUCUCUAGAUUAUCUGGGUCCAGCCUUCGUUGGCAGUGUACUGGCUAAAUUAUACCCCGGAGCUAAGGAGGACGUGCGUAUUCUCGAUGUUGCUGCUGGCACUGGAUUAGUUGGUGAACAGCUAGCCAAACAGGGAUUCAUCAGAGUAGAUGCCUUAGAUCCAUCGGAAGGAAUGCUAAUAGAAGCUAAAUCAAAGAAUGUCUACCAAGCUCUGAUAUGUUCAUACUUUGAUGAGAAAGAACUGGACAUCGCACCAGAUACCUAUGAUGCCGUUGUCAUUUGUGGGGCCUGUAACAACAGUCAUUUGCCUUGUGAAUGCUUGUGGGAAGUCAUUCGUCUCGUUAAGCCAGGGGGUUACUUUGUGAUGGCCACACGCCCAUCUCUUCUGGAAUCGGUUGAGGAGUACAAAGGGCACUUUGAACCGUUGAUGGACGAGAUCGAAAAAGAGGGGAAAUGGAAAAAGAUCAGCAGGGAGAUUGUUUCUGAUUAUCAUAAAGGAAAAGAAGGGAUUGUGUUUGUAUAUCAAAUGAAGUAACGAGAGUAGUGCUGAAAAUGGACAGUUGGGGGAAAAUUGAUCAUAUACUGUUUUACAUUAGUAAUUGUAUUCCAAAAUAAAUAUGUGUUUUCUCAUAUGAAUUUGACUUGGGUUGAUAAUAAAUUUGCAUUCGUAAAAUUUACUGGUUUUCACGAUACGAUCACACACCGUUUCGUAUGAUUGACGAGUGACAUAGUCACCAGCUACUACAAGGAGAAUCUGCCUUAAAAUGACUCUUCAAUGGACGAUCCGGUAAAC